UUACUCGAAUUUGCUUUAUGUUGCGCUGUAUUUACCGUAAUUGAUGAUGGUAGGUUUAAUCUUAGUUAAGAAGUAGCAUUGCUUGUCUUAAAUGUAAUACAUACUACCGCUUGUGCCAUACUGUGAUGACCAGCAUAAAAUAUAAAUAAGCCCUUUAUCUAAACUGUCGUGUACACAUUGGUGUGAAAGAUGAAGUAGAUCAGUCUGCGUUUUUAUUGCGAGUAUUACGCCAUGUUUUCAUGAAAUUGUUACAGUCAUGUGACAGUGUGAUAAAUAUCUACAAUUGCAUAUGAUCCAAACAAGGUUCACUCCUCGUCUUCCACCCCACAUUCAAGCAGCGAGAGCAAUAUGAAGACAAACGAGCAUCGGUGAUGUCAGCAUUGCACGAGCGUUGAACUGGUGCGCCGUGCACUGUAAAUAAUACUGUCCACAACUCGCUUAUUUAAUGUUAAUUUAAUGGCGACUGAAGCCCAGUAUCUUUCAGGACACUGUAUUCGCGAUGUUUGUUCAUACCGGCUUCCAACUUUUCAUUCAUUCAUUCAUUCAUUCAUUCUGAGAGCUAAAUAAUUGAAACCCUACAACAUAAUUAUAAUGGUAAAUCAUGCACACAGUCACGUGUGAAAUCAUUUGCGGAUAAAGACGAACACAUAUUGCCGUCGCUCAUCUCGUCACUUGCAGAAGGAAGACGCGAAAGAAGGCCAAAAGGUAGGUGUUUCCAGCACUUUUAUACUUGUGUCUGCGAUUUGCAUAUGCGUAUGUUUCUAGGUGCACUUAUAAUGUAAAAUUGUCUACUGUGGUUCUCCAAAGUUCUGCUUGUAUUCACUGUCUGCAAAUCUAAACUAGUUUCAAACACUUGACUUCCAGAGUAGCUCUAAAGAUUGUGCUGAUAAAGAAACAUGUGUUACUCUUAAUUUUUAUGACUUUCACUUCUGGCACACAUAAGGUGAACUUAAUACACCUGUCAUAAUCAUCAGUACCGCAUAUAACGCAGUCUGCAGUCGAUGUGUUCACAUUUGUAGUUCGGUUUUCUUGGUCCUCUUGUUCCAGACCAAAACAGAAAAUGAUACAUUUUAGUCCUGAUUCGCUUAGCGUUCACACUGGCAUUUUUAACACCGAACCUAAAGAUACAAAACCAAAGGCAUCAGGAAAAGUCGCAACCUGAUUGGACAAAUUUUAUGAUGUAUAUUUUUUGAGGGAACUUGCCGAUCAUCCAAAACAAUGCUGGCUGCUGGGCGAAAUGCGCCCAUUAGAUUUAUAUAUGUAUAUAUGGGGGUAUUUUUUACCAGCUGAGAACAAACGAAGAGCUAAUAAGAUGUGUAAAGGAGUCACAACAGCGCCAGGAACUCCUCCGUUGCACACAUAAACAAAGAUAUGCUGCAAGGAUGGCUGACGGCGUUUCUGACGCCUGUACCGAACUGUAAUGGGCAACAUAGCUCCUAUGAUGAGAAGAACCAGGUAUGCUUGAGGUCAGUAUUAGGCAAAUUACUUACUGUUUUUGGUCUGUUUAGAUGUCUUUGGUCUAUGUUGCGUUCAUAUAUCAAUCGAACCGCACCAGUUUGUUUGAAAGCGGACCGAGACCCACUAUUCAGGCGAUCUCGGUCCGCUUGUUUGGUGCGCAGCAAAGUUCGGAUGGCAGCGUUCACACUUGUUCAAAUGAACCGCACUAACAGAGCAAUCACACCAGAGUUCGUUUUAAUCGAACCAAACCUGCCAAGUGUGAACACACCCUUAGUGCGGUUCAAACAAGUAUAACAAACAAAACAAAAUAGUAAUUUUUCACUUUGUUAAUGUCCUGAGUAUACACUGUGAUCAGCUGAAUGACACUUUGGUGAAUAAAAGUACCAAUUUCUUUCCAUAAGAGCAAAAUCUGUACAUUAUUCCAAACUUUUGGCCGCCAGUGUAUUUAAAAAGACAGUACAUGUAGUUUUACUGUAAAAUGUUGUGAAUUUAAUUUUUUAGGUGUAAAAAGUAUGAUUUUUCCUGUAUAAUGGUGAAAUGUAUAUUAUGUUUAACGACAGUACAUGUAAAUUAUUGUUAAAAUCACGGUAAAAAAACAAUAAUCGUCUGCGUGACCCAUCACAUUUCAUUAUAUUUUAUGGGAAUAGUUAUGGUACUAAUAAUGGUUUCAUCCUUGAUGGCACUUAAAAUGUAUAUUGAGAAAAUAACAGAGCUUUAUUAAAGGAAUAUUCUGGGUUCAAUACAAGUAAAGCUCGAUUGACAGCAUUUGUGGCAUAAUGUUGAUUACCACCAAAAAUAAUUUAAACUUGUCGUUUUUUUUUUAAAUGCUGAAAGGCACUCACAAUUGAAGUUAAUGGGCCAGUCCGUAAAUGAUAAAAUACUCACUGUUUCGAGGCCUGGGUAACUCAGCGAGUAUUGAUGCUGACUACCACCCCUGGAGACGCAAGUUCGACUCCAGCCAGUUCUCCUAAGCAACCAAAUUGGCCCGAUUGCUAGGGAGGGUAGAGUCACAUGGGGUAACCUCCUUGUGGUCGCGAUUAAGUGGUUCUCGCUCUCAAUGGGGCACAUGGUAAUUUGUGCGUGGAUUGCGGAAAGUUGCAUGAGCCUCCACAUGCUGUGAGUCUCCUCGGUGUCAUGCACAGCAAGCCACAUGAUGCAUGUAUUGACUGUCUCAGAAGCGGAGGCAACUGAGACUUGUCCUCCGCCACCCAAAUUGAGGUGAGUAACCGUGCCACCACGAGGAUCUAGUAAGUAGUGGGAAUUGGGCUUUCCAAAAUUGGGGAGAAAAGGGAUACUUUUUUUUUAUGGACUAUGGCCCUUACUCUCCGGGGAGGCGCAGCUGGCAGCACAACUACUUCCCACCGCCAGUCUCCUCAAUUACCAACAUCUGAAGAAGGCCAUCCAGCAAAGGGUUGGUCGUAGCCCCGAACAAAGCCGUCAGCUCUUUCUGUCUCUUGAGCUUUGGGAAGCAUGGCCACCCAUUUGCUUUUGCUCAGAAGCUCCGGGAUGCCUGCCGGAAAUGGUUGCUGGCUGAGGGAACCCGCGGAGUCAUGGAUGUAGUCAGCCUGGUGUUACUGGAGCAGUUCGUCGCCCAGUUUCCGUGAGUUAUGUCCAAGUGGGUCCAGUGCCACCGCCCGGCGUUGCUGGAGGAAGCCAUCCAGCUGGCACAGGACUAUAGGACUACGGCGUUUCAAGGAUGCAGCGAUCCAGUUUUUUUUCUUUUCCUCCUCCUCUCUCUUCUCUCUAGCCAAACCCUGUGUCUCAUGUCCCUCCCAAUCCCGCCCAGUUCCGGCUCCUCGGAAGUGGAGAGGAGCCCCGCCCAAACCCCACCCCAAACCUACUUCCCCUGUCUCCCUCCGCUAUCCCCCUCCCCCCAGGUUGGCGAGACCGCCCCCACAAGUGCGGAAGGAAGGCCUGGGCUGUGGGGAAGCCGGACACAGUCAGGAUCGGUGUCCGGUGAUGGAGAUGGGGACACCGGUCCGGAUCCCCGACACUCCAUUGGCCGCCCCCGAUCGGGCAGGGGCGUAACGGAUACCGGUAAGAGUAAAAGGGGAUACACAUCAAGCUUUGGUGGAUACAGGUUGUUCUCAAACCUCGAUCCACCAACACUUGGUUGAGAUAUGAUUCAGGGGAAAAAGGCAUAGAGUCAAGGCUGCGGUUAAUUCCCACCUCACCGCGGUGUGUGACGUGCGACGCUAUGGCUGGAGAGGCGGUGCCGGGGGCAUCAAUGUCUGCUCCGCGUCAGGAUGACACAGACGAGGGAAUUCCUGUACUCGGGGGCUUCCCUGAGGGGGAUUUCCCUCUGGAGCAGUCGCGUGACGAGACCCUCAAGAACGCCUUUGACCAAGUGAAAGUAAUUGAUGGUCAACCCCUACAGCCUAAUGUUGCACUCACAUACCCGUACUUUUCUAUUAUCAAAGAGCGGUUGUAUCGAGUGACGCAGUACACUCAGACCAAAGAGAAUACAACUCAGAUGUUAGAACCAAAGAGCUGUCGGGAAACACACUUCCAGGCGGCUCACUAUAACCCGAUAGCUGGUCACUUAAGUUACGAAAAGACUUUGAACCGUAUAAUGGCCCGUUUCUUUUGGCUGGGCAUUCACGGCGACGUACGCAAAUGGUGUGCGGCGUGCCGUGAAUGUCAGUUGGUGAAUCCACCGGCCACCCCAAAAGCGCCAUUGCGCCCUCUGCCAUUGAUCGAGAGAAUUGGCAUGGACCUCAUCGGGCCAUUAGAGCAGACUGCACGUGGCCAUCGCUUUGUAUUAGUUCUGAUGGACAAUGCAAUGAGAUAUCCGGAAGCAGUGCCCCUGCGCAACAUCUCAGCACGUAGUGUUGCGGAGGCACUCUUCAGAAUUAUAUCCCGAGUGGGGAUUCCAAAAGAAAUCCUCACUGAUAAAGACACAACAUUCAUGUCAUGUACACUACGUGAACUGUACGAAUUAUUAGGCAUUAAAUUGAUUCGCACCAGCGUUUAUCACCCACAAACUGACGGGUUGGUCGAAUAAGACCUUAAAAAAACAUGAUUCGUAAGUUCGUACACGAAGACGCUAAGAAUUGGGAUAAGUGGCUCGAACCCCUGCUGUUUGCAGUACAAGAGGUCCCGAAAGCCUCCACAGGGUUUUCCCCAUUUGAGCUACUGUAUGGGCACCGGCCACACAGCGUGCUUGACAUCAUAAGGGAAGCUUGGGAGGGAAGACCUUCGAAUAGCAAAAACCAAAUUCAAUACGUUCUUGACCUUAGAGGAAAAACUCCACACUUUGGGGCAGGUAACACAGGGGAAUUUGCUCCAAGUGCAAGAACGCCAACGCCGACUGUACGACAGGGGCACUCGACUAUGGGAAUUGUAUUGCUGCCCUCCUUGAACUCCAAAUUACUCGCCAUGUGGCAAGUACCCUUUUGAGGUCACACAACAAGUCGGAGAUCUCGAUUAUGAGGUUAGGCAAACGGAUAGGAGAGGGGCACGUCAAAUCUACCACCUCAACCUCCUCAAACCAUGGAGGAAGGCAGUGCCUGUAGCCUUGGUGACGGUAGUUCCGGAGAGGGCAGAGCUCGGGCCGGAGGUAUCUCCCAAACCAAAUGCAUUCAUCCCGGUCCCUUCCGGAGACAGCCUCUCACUGUCGCAGCUUACAGACAUUGCCCGGUUGCAAACGGAAUUCGCAGACGUGUUUUCACCUCUCCCUGUCGCACGAACAUCAUAGAGCACCAUAUCGAGACCACCCCGGGGGUGGUGGUUCAUAGCCGAACCUAUCGUCUUCCUGAACUCAAGAAAAAGAUUAUUCAGGAAGAAUUAGAGGCAAUGCUUGAAAUGGGCAUAAUACAGGAGUCGCACAGCGAUUGGGCCAGCCCGGUAGUUCUGGUACCAAAGAGCGACGGCUCAGUCCGGUUCUGUGUUGACUACCGGAAUGUGAAUGCAGUGUCCAAAUUUGACGCUUAUCCAACACCGCGAAUUGAUGAGUUACUCGAUCGGUUGGGCGCGGCUCAAUUUUACUCGACACUGGACUUAACAAAAGGGUUAUUGGCAGAUCCCUUUAACUCCAAUAUCCUGAGAAAAGACACUUUUUCCACACCGUUCGGAUUACAGCAAUUUGUGAUGCUUCCGUUCGGUUUGUUCGGAGCCCCAUGGACAAGAUCCUCAGACCACGCACGGCAUAUGCCGCCGAGUUUCUGGACGAUAUUAUCAUUUAUAGUAAUGAUUGGCAGCGGCAUAUGCAACAUCUGAGGGCUGUCCUGAGAGCGCUGCAGCAGGCAAGACUCACGGCCAACCCGAAGAAGUGUGCAAUUGGGCGGGUGGAAGUGAGGUAUCUGGGGUUCAACUUGGGUCACGGGCAGGUGCGUCCACAGGUUAACAAAACCGUAGUGAUCGCAGCCUGCCCGGCGCCCAAGACCAAAAAGGAGGUAAGGCAGUUUUUGGGGCUGGCUGGCUACUCUGAUGUCACCAGCCCGCUGACUGACCUUAUUAAAAAGGGGGCUCCCGAUCCGGUCCAGUGAACAGAGUUGUGCCAACAGGCUUUCCUUAAGGUAAAGUCCGCACUGUGUGGGGGGGCGCUUUUACAUGCACCUGAUUUUGCAGACUGAUGCAUCUGGCGGGGCGCAGUGCUCUCGCAGGAGGUGGGAGGGGAGGAAAGGCCAGUGCUAUUUAUUAGUCGCAAGCUCUCCUUCAGGGAGACAGUGUAUAGUACCAUUGAGGAGGAGUGUCUUGCGAUUAAGUGGGCUGUUCUUACCCUCCGCUACUACCUGCUGGGGUGGGCCUUCACACUCUGUUCCGAUCACGCUCCUCUGCAGUGGCUCCACCACAUGAAGGAUACUAACGCGCGGAUCACCCGUUGGUAGCUGGCUCUUCAGCCCUUUAAGUUCGAGGUGAUCCACAGACCGGGGGUGCAGGUGGUUGUGGCUGACUUUCUAUCCAGAAAUGAGGGGAAGAAGGCAGGCUGGAUGUUGCCUCGGCCUGAGUCAGCGGUGGGAGUAUGUGGCAUGGGGGGGCAUAGUCAUGUGUCAUCUGCGGGAGAGGGAGAGCGGUAAGGCUCGGCACCUGGGUUGUAAUUAUCUCUAACACCUGUCUCUCAUUAUAGUGAUGGCGGAGGGAGACCUGAAAAGGCAUGCCAGAGCAUCAGAGGGGAGAGAGAGACCAGAGCCUGAAGUUAUUGUGUGUUGGCAAACAAGGGCCCUUUAUGUUUAUUUCACUAGACUGCAUGAGAACAAUAAAGCACUCACCUUUGACUGUUUGAUGUCUCCUGACUCCUCCUUUGCCCAGAACUUAGAACUUGUUACACUGGAAUAUUCCUAUGAAGGGAUAGUUCACCCAAAAUGAAAAUUUGGUCAUCAUUUUCUCACCCUCAUAUUGCUCAAAACCUGUAAGCAUUUCUUUAUCUUGUGGAACACACACAAAUAUAUAUUUAAAAGAAUAUAAUUGACUUUCAUUGUAUGGACAAAACAUUCUUCAGUAUAUCUUUUGUGUUCCACAGAAAAAAAGAGGAAGUCAUACAUAGCGACAUAAGGGUGAGUAAAUGAUGAGAGAAUUUUCAUUUUUGGGUGAACUAUACCUUUUAAGGGCUAGAGUUUGUAUUGUAUUAAUAAAUACAUCCUGCCUGACUAAAUGGGUAGUCCCCAUUUUCAUACAUUAUAAUGGUGGUUUUACAUCCAGAUACCAAUUUUCUGCCUGGGCUGCGUGGUAUGCAAGAAAUAUUUCCACUUUUUUUAUUUAAAAAAAUAUUGCGAUAUCCGAGUAUAUUGCCAACCCCACGCCAAGGUGUCUGUGAUUGUUUUUGCUUUAUUGAUUUUUAUUCAAUAAAUUGAAAUCAUUUAUUGAAACACAAAAAACUUAAACCAAAGAUAUUUCUAAAUUCAAAAUUGCACUUCAAACAAAACAACAACGAAGAGGUCAAAAAAUCGUAUAUAAUCAACUCCCCAAAUCCAAACAUUUACCGUCUCCAACUUUAUCAAACGGCCCCAUUGGCCCUCACGCAAGUCUGUGGCAACAAGUGGAAAAUUACAAAUGCAAAUUAAGAUCUAAAGACAAUUAUAAAUGUUCUAAGAUCUACAAUUUUAAAUAAAUAAAUGUGUGUGUGUGUGUGUGUGUGUGUGUGUGUGUGUAUAUAUAUAUAUAUAUAUAUAUAUAAGUAAACCUGCAGAGUUGCAUUCACAGCGCAUGUUAUGCGCAAACUGCUCUGUGGAAAAAAGCGAACUAAACUCAGAGCACCUCCUGAGAUAGUCUGAGGUAAUCUGCAGCAUAUUCAUAUACAACAUUAUUCUUGCAAACUGUUUUCAGACAACUGAAACAAAAGAAAGAGUGAGAACUCUUUACAUGUGCGAGUUUCACGAGACAUGCUCCCCCUGCACGCCUCUGAACAAACAGCGAAUCGGACACGCACAUCAAUGGCUCUUAUUUCAUCUGUUCUUCAAAAUAUAAUAAAGUGUUUGUUUUUUUCUCAAGCACGCCUUUGUGCCUAACAACAUUUCUUGUCAUGUGUCACUCGAGACAUCUUACAGGUCGCCCUCCACAGUGGUGGGAAGAUUAGCAAAAGUACCCGUCAAUGCAUAUGAAAUACCUGCAUUUGGCGGGUAGAUGGUGGCAAAUUUAAUACACUGGCUACUAUUUAAUAUAUUUGGCAACUUCCCAGCUCCAUGGUUUUGUCAUUUCCCGAUAUUGUCAACCAUUGUCUGUCAAUGAGUGUCGCAAUCGGCAUCAGGACAUUUUUCAGAUAUUGUUAAUAUCCGAUUACAUCAUCCUAUCACUCAGCCCUAAUUUCUGCCUGACAAAAUGUACUUCAGUUUAGCAGUAUCAUUAUUUUCAACCCAUUUGCAGUGGCUACAAUUUUCUAACAAUUCAACUUCACUUUACCUGUUCAAAAUUGUGAAGAACUGUUAAUUCAUUGUGUGUGUUUGUAUGUGUUCAGGACAGAACUACGCCUAUUACUGUGUUAAGAACUGAUAUCUGACUGCUUAUAUGCAUCCCAGAUAUAGAUUGAAGCACAUCAAUGUAACUGAAGCUCUACAAGACAAAAGUCGAUCAAUGCACUGCAUAAAAAAAAAAAAAAAAGUGCAUUACUGAUUAUUGUGGGUGUGCAAUAAUCUCCAUGACUCUUCACAAAUAAACCUGUGGAUUGUGCAUAAUAAUGGGAACAUUGCUAACAGCAGAGGUAUUGACUUCUCACAGUGCGUUUCCCAUUUAAAAGCACCAUCGCUAUAACAUUUUCACUAGUUGACCUCAGUAAUGUAUCAGUUGGUUGUUUCACUAGUCAACCAUUCUGGCACGUCCCUAUUUAAAACAUCUUAGUUUUAAAAUUGAAAUGGGUAGAUGUUUAACAGCAGUGUUGCCCAGAGGAAGGGGGCCAUGGAAAGGAGUGUUCAGUCCCCUGGUAGAUUUGAAGAGAUCAUAAACAAUAUGAUAGAGACCCAUUAUUUACUAUAGCAAGACACUGACCACGUUUACAUGCACUUAAGAAAAUGGUUUAUUAAGGGGACCUGGGUAGCUCAGCGAGUAAAGACGCUGACUACCACCCCUGGACUACAACCUCCUUGUGGUCGCUAUAAUGUGGUUUGCUCUCAGUGGGGCGCGUGGUGAGUUGUGCGUGGAUGCUGCAGAGAAUAGCGUGAAGCCUCCACACGUGCUAUGUCUCCGUGGUAACGCGCUCAACGAGCCACGUGAUAAGAUGCGCGGAUUGACGGUCUCAGACACGGAGGCAACUGAGAUACAUCCUCCGCCACCCGGAUUGAGGCGAGUCACUACGCCACCACGAGGACUUGGAGCGCAAUGGGAAUAGGGCAUUCCAAAUUGGGGAGAAAAAGGGGAGAAAAUAAAAAAACCAAAAAGAAAACAGUUUAUUCCAGGGUUUUAGCAGAAAGAGGCAUUCUGUAAAGUCAAGUAAACAAGAACGCUGAUUUCCUUAUGCCGUUUAAGGGAUUAAGAAAAAGAGGUUUAACACACCUAGGUUUCUCUCGGAGUACGCGGCUUAAUGCGUUGGUGUAAACGCAUAAGCGGCAUUUUGAGAUGUGUUUGAAGAGUGCGCGUGCAUGGAACAGAUCGGGAUAACAAACGGCAUAGGAUGGAGCCCCACAACAUGUCAACACAGCGGAAAGAAUUCAACAUUUCCGGAAGUACAGUGGGAAAAUCUCAUACUAUAAACUAUACCCAUUUAUACACACAAAUGUAAAAUAUCGACUAUCCCUAAUGUCUGCAUAUGAGCUUGUACACUGGAGGAAUCCUGGAGUUUUCUAUAAGAGGGGAAACCCCCACUUUUAGUGAAAAAUACUCAUGAUAUUAAGUUAAGGAAACAAACACAGCAACAGUUCUGGAAUAUCUGGAAAUAAAGUGAAUUAACAGAGUAAAACAGGAAAGUCUUCCUCGGAUGCCAUGUGUGUUGUUUACACAAUCGUUGCGGGAAAAUUACGUUGCUGUGUAGUAAGCUGCUUACUGACGGAGCCACGUGUACAGUAUACAAUAGUAAAGAGUACACCGCUUAUACAGUGCAUGUAAACUGGAAAGCUGUUUUCUCACAAUAAUACGCUUUCUCUCAAUAAACUGCUUUCUGGUGUCCAUGAACGUAGUCACUGAGUCACUCAAAAUACCCAGUUAUAGCAACACAGAUGAGGAUGACAGCCUUGUAUUAACCUCAUUCAUUUAAUUGUAUGUGUAAAGAUGUUUACAAGGGUGUUAAUGUUUGUCAAUGUUCCCUUAUCUGUCUUUUCAAAGCAGCGAUGGCUAAGCCCCAAGAGAAGCAGUCAUCCCCGCAGAUGGUGGCAUCUGAUGGGGGUUGGGGUUGGGUGGUGGUGGGGGCUCUCUUUGUGGCCUCAGCCCUGGUGUUUGGGCUCAUCCGCAGUCUGGGUGUCUUUUUUGUGGAGUUUGUGCAGUACUUUGGAGAGAGUGCCCAGGCUGUGUCCUGGAUAACAUCCAUUGGGGUGGCAGUUCAACAGCUAAUCAGUCCAAUAGGCACAGCAGCAAGCAAUAUGUAUGGAGCUCGGCCAGUUGUUAUGAUUGGAGGAUUUCUCUCAGGCCUGGGAUUUAUUCUGGCUUCACAGGCAACAACACUCUCGCACCUUUACCUGACCAUGGGACUCAUCUCAGGUUUAGGCUGGGCACUGGUUUUUACCCCCAUUAUUGCUUCAGUGAUGCAGUAUUUCACCAUGAGGCGAUCUCUAGCCAUGGGUCUGGGCUUAACAGGGGUCGGUCUAGCCUCUUUUGCCUUCUCCCCACUUUUUCAGUAUCUGUUGGAGGUCUAUGCUUGGCGUGGAGCCUUGCUUAUCCUGGGAGGCCUCAGCUUCAACAUGAUUGCUUGUGGGGCUCUCAUUCGCCCAAUAAAGAGUCAAAAAGUUGUGGAGAAGACUGAAAACACUCCCGACGUCAAAAAAUGCACUUCCUUACUCUCCCGUAUCUAUGAGUGCUUUGAGCUCUCCUUGCUUUUGCAUCGUGGCUUCCUCACUUAUACCUUGGCUGUCACCUUCUUCAAUGCUGGCUACUUUAUCCCUUACGUUCAUCUUGUUGCCCACAGCCGUAACAUUGGUUUCACUGAGUACCAGGCAGCCUUUGUUAUCUCUGUCACCGGUGUGGCAGACAUUUUGGGUCGUGUAGUGUCUGGCUGGGCCUCGGACCUGGGCAAAAUGCGGAUGCCACACAUGCUGACUGUAUGGACUGGGUUACUGGGGCUAUUUUUGCUUCUUAUUUCUCUCGGUGUGAAUUAUCCAGGACUGUUGGUAUUCAGCCUGGCUUAUGGGUUCUGUGCAGGAGCAAUGACGCCACUGGUCUUUGCAGUGGUGCCAGAGAUUGUAGGCAUGGAGCGAAUGCUAGGAGCCCUUGGCCUCCUGCAGCUUAUAGAGAGCGUUGGAGGACUGCUGGGAGCUCCACUGUCUGGUUGGCUAAAGGACUGUACUGGGACAUACACAGCAUCUUUUAUGGUUGCUGGAAGUUUCCUUUUGUUAGGUACAUUAAUUACAGCGACUCUACCGCAUUUUUGGUCCUGUACGACCCCUCCACCUCUAUCACCAUCAAAGAAGUCGUCUCAGGAUGGCUCCAUGGAAGAUGGACUGCUCAAACAAACUCUAAACUCAGUUCCUGAGAAACUGUGCCCCUUGGAUAAUAUACCUUACGCCGAUGAGGAGUUCGAGGUCCAUAGUCAUGUGACAGAACCAGUGCUGGAACAACAACAACAACAAAUAACUCAGGACAGGAUGCAUCAUGCUAACUUAGGGGAAGUAUAAAAACAUGAGGUCCUGUCUCAAAUACGGCCUUUUGUGGAGCCUGCAAUUUUAUGGACUGAGGGCACCAUUUGGGACAGGGCCAUUAUUUAUUUUUUUGUGAUAUUAGCAGACAUCUACAUUAUGGGUGGUAAUGCAACUUUUUGUUAUUUGGAAUUAUGUGAAAUAUUGUGGUGUAUGUAGGUGAAUUUCACAUCUUUGUGAAAAUCUUUGAAAUUGACAAAUUCGAUGAAUUCCACAUUUUGCCUUUACAUAUUGUUUGCAACUAUAAAACGUUAAAGCACUGCUAGUUUCUUAAUAUUUGAGUUACCAUGUUACCAGAAGUUACCAAGAUUCCCUCAAGCCUACAACUUUUUGUAUCACAGUGGCUGCUGCUAUCCCUGUGAAGUCUACUGAUCAUAUUUAUCACUAAAAACAAGACAAUCAGUCUUUUAUUUUAUUUUGAGGAGCAGAAAUAUGUAAUUUUACAACUCAAAAUUACAGUUUACCAAUUCAAAAGCACAUAAAAUUCUUACAAUACCAUACGUUUCCACUGCGGUUUACAAAAUCUGUUCAAUACCUCACAAAACGGCAGAGGUAAAAUGUACAGCAAUUUGAAUUUGUCUUCAGUAUAUUAUAGGUAACAAUGUGAUUUUAAACACUGAACCCAUUAGAUACUCCAGCACUAUCGGCAGAUUUUGAAACACUUAUGACAGAUGUCACUGUUAUCACCUCAGAGUGAUUGGCUGCCGUUUUUCGCCACUUGUGCAUAAAAUUGAAUGUUUCUCAACAUUUCGAUUCUCUCAUCGCUUGCUCCGAUCUGUCAGUCCCACAAUCCCCCAUGCAAGCCUGCCACACAGCUCCUAUUGAGAAUUAAUUGACAAUGCUGCUCAUCUCAAUUCACUCUGUGCCUUUGGACACGUGCAAUGGGAGAAAGGUGCCUCAGGUUGUUCCUGGCAGGUUACCCAGCCUUACAGGUUCCAUAUGGUUAGGAUUAGGAAUAGGAUUAGGGAGGCGUGAGUUAGAACAUCUACUCUGCUAGGCACCUUUGUACAAUGAGCGUGGACAUGUAUGGUAGCACACUGAUGUUUUGCAAGCUGGUGAUGUGCAAGAUCCUAUCCCACUUGGACUCCAAAGUGAUUCUAUUGGCUAAUGUUUUGGAUAAUGUAUGUUACAUAAACACAACAAAAUGUAUAUAAUGUAGACUAAUUUUUUUGUGUCGUAUUGUAUAUAACCAAAGCUAUACAAUGUACAUUUAUAGUUCUGUUUUUUCAGUGAGCUCACAAGCUUACCAGAUUGCCUACCUUAGCAUGGCUCUAGCAGAUUAGCAGAUUCCACUGUCCGAUUAGCCUGUUAUCUUCGCAUAUACUGUAUGAAACUUUCUUCACCACCACUAUUAUUUGUAGAUACCGCUGCUAUUAAAGCAUAACUGGAAAGGCUAUUUUUAUAUUAAAAUAACUAAAUGUUUUUGAACUUGCAUUUCAAACCUCUACCUCUUGAGGUGCAAGGGGGACAGGAUCUUGCAUGACACCGGGAGUUCAGAGGAUGUUUUCUGGAAGAAUUCAGUGACUCCUUAAAUGUAUCUUCAAAGAAACACUUUUAUUUUUAAAUGAUUAUUUAUAUUAUUUUUUGUUUAAAAAAUUUUUUUUUGUGUGUGUGAAUGGACUUUAGACAUUCCCUGGCAGGAAUGUGAUUAUUAUUCACACAUACAGCUUGAACGUAAGGUAAAGUUUGCGAUAUUACUUUUUUUUUUUUUUUUUUUUUAAACCACAGUAAAUAAGUGGCAUUUUGUUUCCAUUGCAAGAAAACAUGAGGUUUGACAGCAAGAAACAGAUGCCAAUUAGACAUUGAACUGUGCAGUCAAUACAUGUCAGACAUGCUAAAAUAUAAGCUGAUGUGAAAGUAAAAAAAAAAAACAACAAAAAAAAA